CGUGUAUUCAGCGACCUAUUCAAAGAUAGAAGCGUGAAUUUGUUCGAUUUAGAAUGGGCAGAUCGACGAAUCUGUUUAAAUUUGUGUCAUUCACUGAACGAAUUUCUAAACUACGCAUUGAUGUUGUGCAUAAGAUCGAAAAAACGUCAGAAAUUCCCGAAGAUUCCGACACAUUUUUUCAGCAGGGUUUGGCGAAAUGGACUGAGCUAAAUUGCUCCCUCGAUUUCCAAUCGUUUUAUAAAGAGGUUAACAGUUUAGUUAAGAGCCUGUCGCUUUUAGUAUACCAUCAGAAGGAUAUAAUCGAAAUUCUCUUGCGAUAUUUACGAAAGAACGAGUCCUUAGCUUUGGAUGCAUUGUUGGAAUUAUGUAUUGAAUUAUCAAGGGAUUUGCAGGGAGAUUUUAGCCAGUAUUUUAUGCAGUUUUUGAAGGCGAUCGCUGGACAUUUGGAUACGAAAGACGCUCAAAAGAUCGAAGAUUGCUUCAAGACUCUAGCCUAUCUGUUCAAAUUUCAGUGGAGAUAUCUUGUUAAAGAUCUCAAAUUGCUGUUCAGAUCAUACAGCCCAUUAUUAAGUGGUAAUCAAGCUGGACAUAUACAUAGAUUUGCCGCAGAGAGUUUUGCCUUUCUUAUUAGAAAGUCCAAAAAUUUACCUGACUUACUUGACUACAUUUUCAAUCAUGUCCUGAAGUCCCCGCAGAUAUUGCCAGGUGUUGGAAGGUUAUUUGCAGAAACCGUUCGUGGCAUUCAAAAUCAGUUCCAUUCAUGUUCAGAAAAUGUUAUUACUAUUUUGUUGAGUAAGCUUGCACCUGACUCUGAGAUUGACCAGACAUUAGAGCAGGGGGAUAAGAUUUUUCAAGUAUUUGUAUGUAUGUUUGAUGAAAUGGCCAAGUACACGAAUAGUGAGCACAGCCAAGUGAUAUGGGAUUGUUUAGUUACUGCUAUUGAUACCUUGCUCGAAGCGAAUGACCUGAAUUAUGUUGAAUCUGAAAAGUUAAAGUAUUUGGUUCAAUUGACUGAAUUUUGGGCAGAAUACAAACAAGGAUAUUUGAUAUCUGAUGCAUCGCAGUUACAAAAGUGUGUCGUCAGCCUAAUAAAGUCCAACACAACAUCGUCGUCUUCAAUCUCCGCCAUUUUGAAACUUGCCUCGUCACUUUUACUGAACAGCGAAAAAGUCGAGACCAGGGAAGAAACUGAACUCCUGAGUUUAGUUUUUGCGUCUAAUCACUUCUCCGUUGCCAACAUAUGUGUGUUUUGCCGAAGCCUUAGUCAAUGGCCGAAAUUUGAUGAAUUUGUUCGACCAAAACUUAUUGAUUACUUCGAGGAACUGAUGCUCUCUGGAUCAUUAGACCAACAACAACGAAACGAAAUUCUUCUCAUGUUCUCGGAAAUGGUUUUGAAAGGCAUGUCGUUUGAAGAAGGCUAUUCUGACAGUGUUUGUGAGGAAGAAAUAACUACAAUAUUUUUUUCCAAGAUGGCGGCCAAGAAAAGCACAAAUUGGUGGAAAGGUUUGCUAAAGUUCGAAUGUGAGGUGUCUGCUGAAUGUGAAACAAUAUGGGCGUGUCUUGUGGUUCUACCAUUUAUACGACCUCUCUCGAUUAAUACAAUACUAUGUUCUCUGCAAAAACUGUUUAACCGUCUAAGCGAGGUAGUGCAAUGCACAAGUGACAAAACCAAAGUCUUGUUUUUGCUCUCUCGCUGUGUGGCAUGUAUUGCCCUCUCGUGCAAGUUUCAUGGUGUCCCUUUGGAGGAAACACUAUCAUACAACUUUGUCUUGGAUACUCUAAGGAAUUAUUCGAGUGAUGUUCACGUACUUCAAGGGUUCCAUGUUUAUCUCUCCGUUAUCAAAGAACAAAUGUCACAGUUGAUCUUGGACGCUAAGAAGUUCGUUGAAGUGUACGGUUGUGUUGAGAAGAAUCUUGCGUCACACGCACGGCUGGUCCGACUAUUGACGUUGAAAAUUCUUACAACGUUUGAGCCGUUGGACAUGGACACUAGCAUGGAUACAGAAAGUCACGGAGUAAAAUGCGACGUUUUCGGUGAUUGCCUCGAAGCCGAACUUGUGCCGCUUACCUUUCACGAAUACCGUCGAAAAUUGAUCUUUCUACAAAAGCUGGUUUACUCGAACACGCGCCAAGCGCCCGACGUAAUCAGAGAAGGACCAUUACGAUAUUUAAUUGCUAUGCUGUACUUGAACCUCAGCACCAUGUGGGAACCCAUUAUGACCCUCAUUUCCACCUAUGCUGUUGAAGAGAACAAAAUGACGUUUUGGAAAGUGUUUCAUGACUAUCUUGCCCGAGACCCAACAGAUUCAGAGGAAAACGUUAUUAUGCCUGUUUCAAACCAGGAUGUCCCAGCAUCACAAACGACGCUGAGCGUGUUUUUUCAAAGAAAGCUGACAAUGUGCAUCGGGGCGAGAGAAGACAACAGAGUUGACCGUCACAACUUCAGAUUGUUACUGUGGAAGUGUAUGGCAAAGUUUCCUCAGAUAGUGGAAGCACGCUCGCGUCAAGUAGUGCCGCUGUUCCUGGAGUUUGUUAGGAAGGAGUGUUCUGUCAUUGAUGAAGCAGGGAGAGUUUCCUACCAGGAUUUGACGAGAGGCAAAGAUACACCCAACGAUGUUGACCAUGAAAUAACUGGCAUCGAAAGUGACCUAGCGGAAACCGACAAUGAUACGAACGAUGUCGAGGAUGAAACGAAAAAUACCGAGCAUGAAACGGACACUGCCGAACAUGACUCUGGAGAUAUCGGACAUCAGCUAAAUGACAGCAAUCCAACAGAUACCGACGAUGAUCCAAGCAAAGCCGACCAGAAUACCAAAGUGCAAUCCAGUGAUUCUAAUAAUUUCGAGAUUGCGAGGGAAAUUAAUAAUGGCCCCUGUAUUAAUACAACGGACGUUGACUAUAGCAGAAGUGUAGGUAAAGCCGGAAAUAAGAAAAGUUCCCAAGAUAAAUUCAGGACAGCCCGUCCUGUUCGAAUGAAAACAUUAAGCGCCUGUCUAACUCUCUUUGGUUUAUUCAAAAAUCCAAGCAAACUUUACCAAGAGCCAGCCAUGAAACAAAUAUAUCUUACGUUGUUAACUUUAAAAGAUGGAGAAAUUCAGAAGCUCGCUAUAGCCUGUUUGAUGGCAUACAAGUUGAACUAUUUAAUGCCUUAUAAGGAAAGCUUGGAUCGAUUGAUGGAAGACAAGACUUUCAGGGACGAACUGAUGAGUUUCAGUUCUGAUGAAGAGUUGAAUGUGGUUAUCGCGGAGCACAGGGCGGAGUUUAUUCAUAUCCUAAUCAGAAUACUGUACGGCAAGAUGCAGAGGUGGACUGGGGCGGGAACACGCGGAAAAUCUGGUGCUGGCGCUCGACGUUCUCUGGUGCUACGCUUCCUGAAUAGUUGUCAUAACGACGAAAUGAAGGUGUUCAUUGACUUGAUAACCCAUGGUUUUAAGGAAAUACACCAAUGUGGACAAACACAACCUGUUGUCGUUUUAACAAAGGUGGUUCCUUUAAGAAAACAACUCGGCUUCCUUAAUAUGUUUUCUCAGCUAAUUGAAGUACUUGGUGCCCAUGCUUCCCAAUAUGUACCUCACUUGCUUGAGAUUUUGUUCUAUUGUUUGGGCUUAUGCAAGGAUAGCUUGGAACAGCGAGAGAAGGUCGACCCUCGAUGUUUGCCAAAUCUCAGAGCUGUUCGUCAACUCGGUAUUAAAUGCCUGACAAAGUUUUUCGAAAAAUUUCCAAAUUACGAUUUUUCUUCCGUUGUGGAUAAAGUCUUUGAAUCGGCGGUUUUACCUCAGAUCACAAAGUUACGUUUUGAAUCUCUUCAAAGUCCAACCUCGUUGCUUCGUCUUCUGAACGCUUGGAGCAAGAAUCCUCGCUUUCAUCAUCUUUUAGGUUAUUUGCCUUCCGGUUCGGAUGAAGGACUGCUUCAUCACGUAUUCGCAUGUCUCGCAUCAGAUCACGUGUGCACACCUGUGGUAACUAUGGUGAUGGAGAUAGCCGAACGUCUGUUAUCCAACGGUGGCGAAGCUCGUCCGAGUCAUGAUGAGGAAGGCCAGCAAGGUCAGAUGUCUUUCGAAUCUAGCCAAAAGAAUGCAUUGGAAGAUACCUCAAUCCCCUUUGGCACUGAACUUGUAUUGCCCCACGUUUCAACAAUUUUGGAUCAUCUCAACAAAUCCAUCAAGCAAACAACCAAAGAUAUGUCUAAAGCCAGAGGAAAAUUGGCCAAAAUCUCACCUGUAUCAAGUACGGAGCUCUCGGUGUUGUCAAAGAUCAGCCCGUACAUCGUGGAUCCUGAACAGUCCUUCACGCUCGUUCGCUUGAUGCUGCCUAUUCUAAACGCGACUCAGAAAGAAGAAUCUCAAAUUGGAAUGCUUAGAUCUAUUAAGAACCUCCUGAAAAAUGUUGCAGAUCCAAUGAUUUUCUUCGGACAGUUUUCAAGACUGUUCUCCAGUCUACACAGCAGAGUUGCGCGGACGGAACUUUGCGAUGUUUUCACCAGUAUAGCUGAAAAAAGAGUUGCCUUAUCCGAGUAUGCGCAAUUGUUACAUGGACUCAAUUCAUGGGACAAGAAGCAACUUGAUGAACCGAAUUUCGAAAUCAGGUUAGAGUCGUUUUCACGCGCCGGGAAAUUGAUUCAAGCGCCAGAGACAGACCCCGACUUUGUCAUACCAUUGUUGCUCAACGCUACGUAUACAACGAUGAAAACCAGUGACUUGGCACUGAGGUAUAGCGCCAUGGGAUUUGUAAGGACGGUGGUUGAUGUGGUUGAAGGAAGAGACGGCAGUCGGCCAGGGAACUGGUUCGAUGUUUUGGUCCUUGGAGGUCUAUUACCCUCUGUAAAAGAGGCUGUGAAAUUGAAACACGAGGGAUCUAGAAACGAAUUUGUACUCAUUCUUGGGAGCUUGGUGAAAAGAUUUGAUCAUCCGAAAUUGAAUGUACUCAAACCGUUAGCAAGCGAUGACGCCGAAGUCGAUUUCUUCGAGAAUAUUGUUCACAUUCAGGUGCAUCGUCGAAUCCGGGCUUUACGGCGAUUGUGUAACGCGUGCGCAGAAACAUUGUUUCCAAACCAAACGCUGUCCUCAAUCCUCCUUCCUUUGGUGACACAUUUCGUGUACGAAUACAAAGCAGUGAAAGAUCACAAUGUCGUCACCGAGGCAAUAAACGCAAUCGCUGCCAUAGCAACGCAACUGCCCUGGCCGAAGUACUCCGCGUUACUACGUCAUUACUUAAGACUGUUGCCAAGGGAGAAAGAAAUACAAAAAGUCGUUGUGAGGAUCGUUGUUUGCGUCUUGGAAUCCUUUCAUUUUGAUCUCACAUCCUUGCAAGAUGCAGAUAUUGAAAAUGAAGGUCAGCCUGAUUUUGAUGCUGUAAGCAAUGCUGGGUUUGAGGAUGAGAAGGAUACCUCAGAGGAAAUCGGCUCUAAAGGCGAAGAAGAUGAAGCAAAUAUUGAUAAGGCAAAUGAGGGUAUUGAAUGUCCCUUGGCACUUAAGUUAAAGAUCCAUUCCAAUAUUACGACUCGAAUAUUGCCACAGCUUCAUAAGUGUUUGACUAAAAAGAUUGAGUCGAAGGAUUUUCACCGUCUCAGUGGCAGAAAAGAAGACGACGAUAAUGAAAUAUUACGUGUUCCUAUCAUACUGGCCAUGGUUAAACUGUUGCAGUCUCUACCUAAGAAAACACUGGAAACCAAUCUGCCUGGGCUGCUCAUUCGUGUCUGUGUAGCCUUGAAGAGCCGCGCUUAUGAUGUUCGUGAAACGGCCAGGGACACCUUGUCGAAGAUUACAAAUUCGCUUGGAAUCCACUAUUUUCCCUUCAUUCUCAACGAAUUACGGAGUUCAUUGAUUAAAGGGUAUCAGCUUCAUGUUCUCGGCUCGACGUUGUUCUACGUAUUAAACAAAUUUGAAGAAUGUAUUCCUGAUGGAGCACUUGACGUGUCUGUGCAAAGUAUAGUUGAGAUAUUGAUCGAAGAUUCUUUUGGAGAACCUGCAAGAGAACGUGAAGUUGAUAAAAUUUCCACAAAAUUACCCGAAGCUCGAACUACCAAAAGUUUCGAGACUUUUGAGCUAGUGGCGAAGAAGAUAUCCGCAGCUAAGUUGAUGGUUAUAAUCACGCCAUUGAAAACGGUUCUAGAUGAAACACAAAACCAUAAAACGUCUCUUCGGGUCCAGGAAGUGCUUCGUCGCGUCAGUAUCGGCCUACAAAAGAACGCCAUGUUUUCACCCGAAGAAAUGUUGGUCUUUGUUUACAGUCUAGUUAGCGAGAGAUUACCGUUGCUUGAAAAGAAUGCAAGCGGUGAAGAGAAGAAACAAGGUGAACAUGAUCCUCGUUUACAACCAUCAGACACCUUUCUCAUCCCUUCGCAACCUUCGAGGAAGGGCAAAACGCCUGAAGUCAGUCACAGAACAAACACGCAUGUUCUGAUCACCUUUGGGCUCCAGCUCUUAUUUACAGCAUUGAAAAGACAAAAUCUAGUUGCAACGGAGCAACAACAUGUGAAAAUGCUCGAUCCAUAUGUCGCUGUUUUAACCGAUGCUUUGAACUCGAAGCACGUUAAGAUAACAACGAUAGCAUUACGAUGUUUAUGCUGGGUCGUCCGCUUUCCUGUACCAUCGCUCAAGACGCAUGUCCUCGAAAUAGCAAGCCGUCUUUUUAAGUUACUCAAGAAUCACGCUAGGACGGGGGGAGCAUCCGGAGAUAAUUAUGAAAUGGUCUUGUCGGCAUUUAAGACGAUCACAGUUUUAAUACGAGAUUUCACUGAACUUAAAGUUACCGAUAGGCAACUUCGGAUUCUACUUACAUUUGUCGAAGAGGACAUGCACGACUAUACCCGACAAACUAGUGCUUUUCCUUUGCUAAAGGCAAUUUUGUCACGUGGGCUGCAGGUUUCAGAGAUAAAUGACGUCAUGCUUAAAGUGGCCGAACUUUGUGUUACGGAUCAAUCGCCGUCCGUUAGAAGUCAAUGUAGGCAGGUUGUUCUACAAUAUUUACUGGAUUAUCCUUUGGGCAAGAAGCUGAAACGCUAUUUGGAAUUUUUCAUCAGUCAACUUGAAUAUGAGCAUGCUAAUGGGAGAGAAUCCACACUGGAAAUGCUAAUUUCUAUUGUCAAUUCUUUUCCGGAGAAAGCUGUUUACAUUAAUUCGGGACUGUUUUUCCUACCGUUGUGCACAAGGCUUGUGAACGAUGAGUCUACCAACUGUCGAAAAUUAACGGCGGUUGCAAUCAAAGGAUUAAUAACAAAGCUCGAUGUGGAACGGAGAGAUAAUUUGUUUGCUAUUGUUUUGACGUGGAUGAAUGACGAUAAGACAAGCCUUCAAAGACUGUCGUGUCAUGUUUGUGGUUUGUUCGUUGAAGUAGAAGGGAAAUCAUUCGACCGUCGCCUCGUUGAUGUUUUGCCCCGAUUGUUGGAUAUUAUAAAGCCAGAAAACUAUAAUGAAAAGGAGCAACGUGUGGUUGACAUUGACGAAGUGAGACAAAAGGAGACAAUCGGUGAUCAUCUCUUAAUAAAUGCUUUGAUGACCCUCACAAAAAUCUUACAAGAAUGCUCAGUUUUGACCGGGAAAGGAUCAGGAGCAAUGACCGUAGAAGCCUGGGAUUCAAUUUCAAGUCACCUAACAUUUCCGCACACGUGGGUGAGAUUGAUGGCAUCGCGUUUGCUUGGUCUCCUUUUUUCACAAAAUAAUCCAAGCGAUCUGAUUGACUUAUCAAAACAAGGGAAAACCGAGGAAUAUUUGACUAUUGAUACAGCGAAAAAGGUUGAUUCACUUUGUGAAGCUUUGCUUGAACAACUGAAAACGCAGAAUCUCGAUCAGGAACUAGGCGAACAAGUUGUUAAGAACCUAUUUUAUUUGAGCAAACUGAUCGUCCAAUUGGAGAGAAGAAACUUAGAUGGCAGUGUUCCAUCAUCCGACGUCGCCCAAUCGCUUGACAAAUCAUCGAUGACUGCAGAGGCUACUAAUCACAUGACAAUAUCAUGGUUGCUCACUAAGAUGUGCAAUAUCGCCAAAUAUGAAUCCUCUCAAACGCCAAAAUUGACUCAAAAGCGUUGUAGUGUCUUAAGGUGGAUUGCUGCUGUUGGUUCGUACUUGGAAAGUGAAGGUGUUCGUCCAUAUCUUACCCAAAUGCUCAAACCUGUUUAUCGGGAACUUGAUGGCGGAUCGACUUACGUUGACGAGAAGUUACGUGAAUUGGCACAGGAGGUGGCUGAAUUAUUUAAGAAUCUUGUUGGUCACGAGAAUUUCUCCCAAGCUUACUCAGCAACAAAGCAGAGUGCCACUGAAGUAAAAGCUAAACGAAAAAUGCAAAAUGCGUUUGAGAUGGUUGCGAACCCAGAAGCGAGUGUUGCUAAGAAAAUGAAACGAAAUGUUGCAAAAAAGGAAAGUCGAAAGAGAAAGUUAGACGCGAAAAAGCCGACCAGAAGAUCGAAAAAAAUCAAAACUAAAGCAGUCGUAUAAUUUUGCACGGUUUUUUAAUAACUCUGAACAGUCAAAGUGUUUUUUACAGUUCGAUGAUUUUUUAAAUAAAAAUAUUUAUUA